AUGAAAACAUUGAUCAUAAUAACACUUAUUUUGAUUUGCCAUUCAUAGAAUGGGAAUGCAAAAAGAGAGUUAGAAAUAGGAGUUAUUUAAUUUGAAGAAGCUAAAGGAUCAUAGAUUUAUAAUCAAGUAUUUUUCUAUUAAAUCCUAGCUAGUUCGAUUUGAUACUCCAUUCGUCAAACUUCCUUAAGUAGCUUUAGCAUUGGUAGAACAUACAUCUACAACAGCUUUAUUUGCAAAAGUGAGAAAUAUAACUUAACAUGAUUUUAUUAUCCAAUUUUUUAGUGCUGUUACUUUGAAUGCAACAUAUAGAUAUUUAGCAACAACAGAUGAAGAAAUUUACAUAAAUUGUUCAAAUUUUAGAGCUACUCAACAAGCAAUAUUGAAAUAUCCAUAAUUUUAAUAAAAGGUUGAUGCUAUAGCAUUUCUUGUUGGUUAUCAUCAUAAUGGAUUUGUUAAUAUUUCAAUAAACUAGAAUAAUGAUAGGUAAGCAAAGUUAUAAAUUAAUACAAAUGAUGUAUAAUAAACAGCAAUAGGUAUAUGUUUGAUUGUAGGAAACAAUCUUAUAUUUGAUGAACUUACAGAUAGUACUAAAUUUAGUGGAAGAGUAAGUAGUUAAGGAGAAACAAGAUCAUUAUCAUUUGCAACAAGUAUAUAUAAAACAUUAUUAAUUGAGGUUUAAUAAAAUAGUGGACAAGAAAAUUCAGAAAUCCAAGAACCAUUAACUGAUUUGGUAAUAAUUUUAAUUAACUAAAGAAAACAUUUUUUGAGCAAAGUUUAAAUAAUCAAAAUGAAUAACCAUUAGCUUUAAAGAAAAUUGAAUAAAAUACUGAGACCAUUAAUUAAAUAGACUUUUAAAAUAAUCAAAAUUUUGAACAAUUAAAUUUAGAAAAUAAUUAACAAAAUUUAUCAGAGGAAGAAUUAAACUUAGAAGAAUGUUAAGAAAUUAUUGAAACUGAUUUAAAUUAAGAAUUAAGUUCUGAUGAUUUAAGUGAAGAAGAAGAUGAUGAAUAUUUUUGGUAAUCUAAAGAAAAAGAUUAGAAGUCUUCUAUUGAUUUUGAAUUAUAAUUGACUUUACUUCAAGAUACAUUAAAAAAAAAACCUUAAAUCUAACAAUAAUCUAUUAAAGAAUUAAUUAAAAAUACUCCAAGUAAUUAAAAGGAUUAAAAAUAAAAAACAGUUACAAAAAAAUAGAAAGAAAUUUAGUAAAAAAUUAAAUCAGUAGAUGAUUAAUCUAAGGUUUAAUAAAAUAUUAUAAAAGCAGAACCCUAGAUUUUAAAUAAUUAAGAAAUAGAUAUGUAAUUAUAAUAAAAAGAGUCUCAUGUAAGAUCUUUAAAAAAAGCUUUAAAAUUAGUGGAUACAGUUCAAGAAAAAGAAUUAGAAAUAAUCAAUCCUUAAAUUCAAAGCUAAAUUAAAUCAUCUUAAGAGAUUCAAUAAAAUCCUGAAGCUGAGAUUGAAUUAAUAUAAUAAAAUGAUUAGGAAUUUUCUAAACCUAUUGGAUAUUAAAGCCCUUUAAUAGAUGAAAUUCCAAAAAUUGAAGAAUUUAAUCAAAUCAAAUAAAAGGAAAAGAAAAUUACUUAAAAGCUUGAUAGCUAUAUGUAGAGUUUUUCUUAAGAUACUUAUACUUAGAAAGUUUAAAAAAAAAAUUAAGAGGAUUAAACAAAUAAAAUUGAAUCUACUCAAAAAGAUACAAUAGAAAAGGAUUAAAUACAACUAAUUCAACUUAAGGGACAAUCUCAUUCAGCUAAAGUUGUUUAUGAGGCUUCUGAAGAGUCUCUAAGAAAAUUUGAGGAAGAUUUUGAAAGAAGAAAAUGUACAUUAUUAUAUAUAUUUCUUAUAGAAGAAAAAAUGAAAGAAAUUAAAUAACAAUUGAUUCCUGAAAAUAAACCAACAAAGGUUAAAUUUUUAUCAUUAGCUCAAGAGGAUGAAUCGUUGAAGUAAUAUAAAGAUUUCUUUUACAAUUGA